CCAGGGCAUCCAGCAAAGAGCCUUGCUGCUGCUCUUCAGGAAGAAUCCUGAAGAUUGAGGGAGAAGAUUGUAACACACCCUCUGAAGUCCUUUCCCCAGGACAUGGUGACCUUCGCCGAAGUGGCUGUGAGCUUCUCUCCAGAGGAGUGGCUGUACCUGGACGCCUCUCAGAGGAAGCUCUACAGAGAUGUGAUGCUAGAGACCUACCAGCACCUGCAAGCCAUAGGGCAUUGUGGGGUGAAGCCUGCGCUGAUCUCCUGGUUGGAAGGAGGAGACCUCGGAAGGCUGCAGAGAGGCAUGUUUCCAGAUGGUGGACCACAAGUUCCGAUAGUGGAAUUUCAGCAAUUUCCUUUUGGAAUGGAAUAUCCAAAAAAUUGUAAGCUGAGAAACAGCCAGACCCAGUUGGAUGGAGCUGAUCCUGUGCUGCGUGCCACAGUCUGGAGGAAAUUGUUCUGCCCAUAUCCCAAUGGGAGUGAAGAAUCAGGGGGCAUCUGUUGUGAAGUGGACCAGAGUGAAGAGAGAUUUCUUACGCCAGAGCCAGUGACCACUGUGCAAAACUCCCCUGAAUCUGCUCUGCCCAGUCCCUGGACACAGACCACCACAGUGGGACCAUUCUGGGAAAUGCAAACAACUGUGUUUGCUCUGAGCCCCUUACAAUCUCAGGCUAACCAGCACAUUACCUGUGGAAUGGAGCCACCUGAGUGUAAGCAAUGUGGAGGGGACUUUCUGUGUGCCCUGCACCUUGCAGUUCCCUCAGACACCCUCAGUACAAAGGAUACCCCUGAGGGUCUGCGGGGUGGAUAUGCCCUGAGUCAACCUUCAUGCCAGAGAGACACUAAGGAAGUUCAGAAACGAGAGAAGCAAAAUAAAUGUAAGGAGUGUGGGAAGGUAUUUUCUCAAUCCUCAAGCCUAUAUAGGCACAAAAGAAUUCAUACAGGAGAGAAACCAUAUACAUGUCAGGAGUGUGGGAAGGCCUUCAUGCAAUCCUCUGGCCUCCAUAGGCACAAGAAAAUUCAUACUGGAGAGAAACCUUAUAAAUGUCAGGAGUGUGGGAAGGCCUUCACUCUAUCCUCACAUCUUAAUAGUCACAAGAAACUUCAUACUGGAGAGAAACCUUAUACAUGUCAGGAGUGUGGAAAGGCCUUCACUCAAUCCUCAGGACUCUGUAUUCACAAGAAAAUUCAUACUGGGGAGAGACCUUAUACAUGUCAGGAGUGUGGGAAGGCCUUCACGCAAUCUUCAGGUCUUUAUAGUCACAAGAAAAUUCAUACUGGAAUGAAAACUUAUACAUGUCAGGAGUGUGGGAAGGCCUUCACUCAAUCCUCAGGACUCUAUAUGCACAAGAAAAGUCAUACUGGAGAGAAACAUUAUACAUGUUAGUAGUGUGGGAAGGUGUUUACUCAAUCCUCAAGUCUUUAUAUAUACAAGAGAAUUAUAUUGGAGAGAAGUCUCAUGCAUGUCAAGAGUGUGGGAAGUCCUUCACUCUGUCCUCACACCUUAAGAGUCACAAGAUAAUUUAUACAGGAGAGCAACCUUAUAUAUGUCAGAAGUGUGGGCAAACCUUAACUCAAUUAUCAAUUCUUCUCACAUGAAUAUUCAUACUGGAGACAAGGCUUGAACAUGUAAGUAUGUAAGGCAGUCUGUUGGUCUCCAGACUUCUCUAAGAACAAAAGAAUGUAUAAUGGAGAAAAGGCUUAUAUCUGUUAGGUGUGGGAAGGCCUUCACUAUCUUUAAGACUUAUAAGCAGUAGAAUAUUAAAAUAGGGAAAAAAUUAAA